CGCAGGUGAGCCACCACCCCUGUGCCCCCCCGGAGGGGCGGGAAGACAAGUUGGGAGUCUGCUGCAGCUGCUCCUGGGGAGGGGGCACCAUGAACCCAGGUGUCAGCUAGUGUGGCUGAAACCGUGGGCGCACCCUUAUUGGACUGGGCCACGGAAGAGAGGCUGCUGUGGCUGCUGGACAAUGCGUUCCCCCAGGGAGUGUGCCCACCCUUAACGCCGCCUGCCGCGAGGUUUGCAGCCAUGAGCAGGUGCCCAAGCACUGAGGGAGCACAAUGAAUGGCGGCGAUGAUUGCUCUGAUGUGGAUCGAGGUGGGCGCCCGGCGGUUACACCUGUGCCUGUGGGCUGGCAGCGCAGGGUGGAGGAGGGUGAAGUGCGCUAUAUCAGUCCUAGUGGCACAAGCUUGGCUUCCUUGGAGCAGACUCGCGCGUACCUGCUGGCGGACGGCACUUGCAAGUGUGGCCUGGAGUGUCCCCUCAACGUACACAAGGUUUUCAACUUUGACCCAGCAGCCAUGGUGAUUGGGAGCGAAGGCACCAAAGGGGAUGAGGACAUGACCAAGCUGUGCAACCACCGGCGGAAAAUUGUGGCCAUGGCCACGCUCUACCGCAGCAUGGAGAGUCAUGGACCACUGAGCCUGCCACAUCUGGGGCCAGGGGCUGGGCUGACCCCGCCGUCUCACCCAACCAUGGCAGGACCCAGCAGUCGUCCACAGCCGACUCUUCCCAGCAAGGCCUCGGCGACCUUGGCGAAGGGCCCAGAACUCUACUUGCAGUGCCCCUCGGAUCGCUAUGGCAACGCCUGGUCCAGCCAGAGCUCCUCCUUUCCCCACCAUCACAGUGCUCUCUUUGGGGACGUCUUCCCAGGCCGCCUGCCUACGGCCACCACCAACGGCAACACCCGCCCACCUCCUUACCCAGCUGAACUGAAUGCCCCUGGGGGUUCCUUCUUGCCUGGCGAGUCUCUCCCAGAGGGACUGCCCCGGCCCUACCCUUCUAGCAGUCUUCUUUUCCCCCCACCAGAAGAGGUGGUGGUGCCUGGCCAAGAGGGCGGCCCCUGGAACAGCCGCCCUGUGACCCUUGGUUCCCAGACGAGUGUUGCGGGUUCACCAGCGCCCACCAGCCUCUCCUCCGUCUCAUCGCCGGUGGGCAGCACAGAGCCCUCCCCGCAGCGCUCUCGGCACUCCUCGGCUUCCUCUGAGCAGGGCCUCUCUGGACACCGCCCCACUCCGAAGCCCUCGGAUGCGGCACCCCUGGCCAAUGCCUUAACCAACCAAAGCAGCCAUAACUUGUCCUCAGUGCCCUUAGGAGUUGCCCCAGAAGGCAAAGGACCGCCUGGCCUGCUGCUCCUUCACCCCCAGGGCCCAGGCUCUUUCCCAGCCAGCAGUUUGUUGAGUGCAGCGGCCAAGGCCCAGUUGGCCAGCAGGGGGCGUCCCGAUGAGCUGGCUGCCAGCACUUUACCCAGCCGCUUGCUGCUGUCUGUCGUUGGCGGACGGGCGCCUCGGCGCCAGCGCCGCUCCCCCACUGUCCUGCGCCUGCUGAAGGACUCUCAUGCGGGGCAGCCUGGGCCCAGCCAUCCUGAGGAGACGCUGACCCGACACUCCCGGGCUCGGGACCAGCCGGUGAUAAGAGAGGCCAAGAAUGGGCCCCCAAGCUCAGCAGCUCCGGUACAGCCCCUGUCGUCCCUGCUCAGCCUGCUGGCUCCUCCUGCAAGCUCCCCGACGCCUGGCCUCCCCCCACUUGCCCAGUCCCCUGCCAGCGACAGCUCCAACACAUUGCCCUCCUUUCAGGACUUCAACAGCCAGCUUCUCAGUCUCUUUGGGCAGCUGGCCUCAGCGUCUUCCGAACAGAUCUCAGGGAGUCCUCCGCAGCCAAAACCUCCUGCCUCUCCGCUCGGAUCCCAUGGCCCACCAGGUGCUGCUUCUGCUUCCCCGAUGACUCCCAAAGCCCCUCCGGCCCCCAGCCCUGUAGCUGUCACUACGACCGGCGCCAUGGAAGGCGGGGGCCUGCCCUGCCCGCUCUCCUCAGGCCCUGAUCCAUUUCCCUUCCUGGCACAGGAACAGGUGCUGCCGUUUGGGAAUGCUCUACCUCCCGGUCUCCUCCCACUGGGCUCCUUCCCCUUCUCGCUGACCCUGGGCCCGGAGACACCACUUCCCCCACUCAACCUGCAGGGGGAGCCAGAAGGACAGCCCUUGCUGCCUCUGGUCCUGCCCCAUCUGGAUUUGCUACAACAACCCAGUGGACUGCUGGCCUCGCUGCUGGCGCUGCCGGAGGCGACGACGUGCGAAGGGGAGAGGGAAGCUGCCACCACCACCGAGCCCCUGCUGGAGCCUUUCGCUGGCCUCCCUGAAGCUUUGCAGCCCCUGCUCUUUCCAGCACUUUCCACCCCUCCAGCUGUCCUAGCUUUAAACUCAGCACUCUUGGCAACCAGCCUGGGCCCUUCUGACCCUGGGCCAGGCCCCGCGCAGACUGGCCUGGCUAGCACUCCGCUGGCACCUACCUCCACUAGCACAACAUCAACAACUACUGAGGGCACCCCAACCGUCUCUGGGCGGCUGAACCCCCUGAUGCCCCAGCUUGUCAACCCACUGCUGAGCACCACACUUCUGGGUGAUCUCUCAGGGCUGAACCCAGCCUCAGGCCCUUCCCUGAUCGGCAGCCCUCUGCUCCAGGCCCACCAGCCACUUCUGCCGCCCAACCUGCAAGGACCCCUUGGACUUUUCCAAGGGCAGCUGCCCCUGCUAGCAGGAUCCAACCCUCUGGCCUGCCUCCUCCAGAGCUUGCAACUGAGCCCUGGUUUCGGUGCCCCAGAGAAGCUGGUGCUACCGAGCGAAGCCCCAGCCCCGGCCUUGUCCAGUGUGCCCCCCGUGCUGGAGACGGAGCCAGGCCAGAGCGCCGUGUUGCCCCCUUGUACGGACACUGCCUCCCCAAGUGCCUUAGAGCCGCCCCAAGCCCUGGAGCCCUCCCGGCAAGGACAGCUGGAGGCCAGCAGCUCACGUUCCCCCCUCAAGCGUCCCCGGCGUGGCCCCGAAGAGCUGGGCAGGGGCAGGCGGCACUUCAAUGGACAGAUGCCUGAGUUGGGCGCAGGACACCCACCCCUCCCUGCCUGGCGCUGCAACGGAGAAAUGGUGGCCAGCAGUGCAGAGAGCCAAGCGGGUCCAUUUGCUAUUCAGGAAAUAAAGGGCCCUCCAGGGAGAAGACCAGCCCGACGUGGCCGGAGGAGGAAAAGCAGCGGUGCCCGGCCCAGUUCCCGCCCUGAGACUACACGGAUCCGGGGUGCCAAUGCUGAUCCUGGGCCCAGCACCAUGGUUGACUACACUGUUGCUCGCCGGCCGCGCCCUGGCCGACCCGUGAAGAACAGGAGGAGGAAACUGCCCACAUAGCACCGCCCGAACUGAGGGGGGCUCCACCACUGUCCGCCUCUAAGCAAACAGAGCUUAGGACAUCCCAGGCUUCUGGUUCUCCCUUUCCUCCACCACCUGUCAUCUCUGGUGCCCAGCUGUUGGGCAUGGGAUGGUGAGGGGAGCGGGAGGAAAACACCAGCAAGAGGACCUGUUGUUGUUGUUGCUGCUGCUGCUGGGCUCCUGGCGCCUUGGCCUUGAAUGUGUUGUAGCUUCACCAGUUGCCUGGGUCCCGAAUCUCUCCCUAGAGGGACCUCCAAAAGCACAAGGUGCAGCUGUGGUCUCAGCAUGUUGUGGUGGGAGGAGGGAGAGAAAUGGGGCAUGGGGGGUAGAAGAGGCCAAGAGGGGCAAAACCAGGGUGCUUGAACUGGACCCAUCCGUGAGCACCUCUGGGAGCCAGCCACUUCUGCCAUGCUCCAAAGGGGAACUCCUUCCAGCAGUGCAGUUAGGGCCUUUCCUGCCCCCCCUGCUUUUCAUGUCUUCCCUGCCCCCAGUGAGAUCUUCUGCCUUGGUUGGACCUCAUCACUCGGCAGGAGUAGCAAGGGCUGUGUGCUCCAGGAAGGGGACAUCGCUGCCCUAUCACUUCAUCCCACCUUACCUCAGACCUGCGUGCGCUGUGGCACCCGGGUGAGAACCGGCUCAGGGUUUUAGUACAAGAAUCAGACUCUCUCUCUCAAUCUCUCUUUUGCCUCGCCAAAAACAGGAAACAGAACAUGAGCUCCAGGGUCCCAGUGCUAAAGGUACAAAGCAAUAAGGAAAAUAAGCCACAUUUGUGUUUCAGGGAGGACUGACUCUCCCCCCCCCCCAAUUGCUCAGCCAUUCACACACUCCCUUCCCACACAGCUGUGGCGUCUCACUGUCUAUACCCCUGAAACAGUGGGGCGGUGAGGCAACCAUGGUUAAACCUGAGUAGUAACUGGGUCUGCUCUCCUCCUCAACCCUGGUUGAGGCCCAGGGAUGGCUCGUGCCUCAAGCGGACCACACCACCCACCACCCUGUCCAGCUACAAACAAACAAAAAAGCAAACCCUCGGCUGUACUGUAUUUCUUUUCUACCCUGCUCCCCCCCUUGAUUUCCUCCCAUUUCUGAAAAAUCCCCAAGAGAACACUCAGGUCCUAGCGCUGAGGGGAAGGCUGAGGGAGAAGAGGAGCUGGCGCUUGAAAGAGAAUUCAUCCAGCUUGGCCAGAGCCAGGCCCUUUCCUCUGCACCCACCCUGCAACACACACCUACACACUACAACCUUCAUCUCCGAACGACCAAAAUGCACCACAUCCCACCUCCUUCCCUGCCACCUGGUCUGGUUGCAGCUCUUGAUGCAUUAUGCAAAAGCACUGUGUAGAUACUGUACAGUUUGCGCUGUUUUCCUCCCUCCCUCCCCUCUGCACUUCAACCCACCAACCAACUUCGGCCUUUCUUUUGUAUAAAGAAGAGAAAAAAAGGAAUGGGGAAAAAGACUAUUUUCCUUCUUUGAGCUUAAAUUUUGUUUUGUAAAAAAAAAUUUUUUUUACACAAUUGUGAAUUGUAGCUUUUCUAUGGGAGCGACUUUAAUUUAACAGAUGAAAAUAUUUUGAAGCUUAGACUGAAGUUACUGUUUCUUUAUUUGUUUAUUUUUGGGUGUGUGUGUGU